AUGACAGCAGUGAGAGUCGACCAGCGAGGCCUUAUCGAUAAGGUGCUCGCUCGUUACCCGGGAGACUUCACAGUUUUCCGAGAAUUGUUACAGAACGCAGAUGAUGCCAAGGCUAAGAACGUCGCUAUUGAAUUUCAACUUAAGACCUCACACGGAUGUGCGAGUAAUGAGAUGAAACUAGAUCUCAACUCAGCUAAGGUCUUCAAAUGGCUUGUGAAGAAUGACGGUGACCUGUUUCAAAAGAAUGACUGGGAGCCCGCAGGCAAUCCAGACGAACAAAAGAUCGGUGCAUUCGGAGUCGGUUUCUUUAGUGUGUUCAGUGUCACCGACAAGCCGAUUGUCAAAUCGAAUGGAAAAAUGGUAUCCUUUUAUUGGCAAGAAGACGAGGCACCGCUUCUGACGUGCAUGCAGCUCGUCGCGAAGGACAUCGUUUGUGACAGGGACGAGUGGACUGUGAUCGAGAUGGAACUGAAGCAGGAGUCGACCGCCGCGCGGAUCUUUGAACUCACGCGAUUUCUAGUAACAUCCAUGACGUUCCUGGCCAAUGUUGAAUGCAUUACGAUCUGGCGGGACGGCACUGAGCUAUCCCGUUUGACAAAAACUCGGAACAAGGCCAGUCAGUCAAUAGACAUCCGAGACCAUAUGCUCAGAAGCAGCCCGGGGAAAACCAUGACCGUUGCCUCUGUCGACCUCAUCUGUAUGUGUCUCUUACACCUUUCCAAGUCCGCAAAGCUCUGA